AUGACUACGAAGGAGGAUCUUGUGCCCGGAGGCCGAUGGCUGCUCCAGACUGGCGAAGGUUAUCUGGGCGCACUGAGAGCUAUCGCCGUUGGCAUGGCUGCUGAUCCGAAUCUCAUCAGGCCAUUGGACUGGGAAUUCUUCUCCCAUGAGGUUCAGUCUUUUCUGGCUAUCAGGGGCGUCUGGACGACAUUGGUGCUGAACCCAGAUAAUCCAGACUUGGAAAACAUGGCGGAGUUUGAGGAGUGUCUCCAUGAGGUGAUGGAUGAAUACCAUGAUCGAUACCCAUCAACUCUUAGCUACAGACUGUUUCUCACCACCGGCGAUGGUUCGGGUCUCUGCAGAUCCUCGCAGACAAGAACAUCAGUUUCAUCCUGGACAAAUAUUGCAAUUCGCUACGAUGACGGUCUCUGGUACGGAUGUGGUUACUUUGCAGAGUCAUCCGAGGACCCUAACCUCCAAGUCGCUGCACAAUCGAACAACGUCGAAGAUCUUACAAGCGCUGCUUCGGACCCCACUAUCUCUGAGCCCAACAAGACUGUGCGAGGGACUGAAGUCUCUAUUAACCAAUCGCCCGAGAAAAUCAGCAGAGUCGAAUCCUCCAACACCAUGGACGAUCUUGUCCCUGGUGGCAGAUGGAUACAAACACCCGGCAACAACUUCGAAAGCGCUGUGUACGCAUUGGCAAUCGGAUUGAGUGCUAAUCCAAGAGUCACCCGUCCCCUGAAGUGGAAUAGUAUUAGACCCGAAAGAAUUCACUACGAUUACCUCAAGCCCUGCUGUAACACCGCGUUUCGCGGAUCGGACGAAUCAUUCAAUCCCAACGAUCCAAUGAACGAAAAGUUCCUCUCUGUUGCCAUGGAAGAAUGGAACAAGUACGCGAAGAACAAGCUUCACCUGUUUGCAGAGAUCGAAGGGGAGAUCACGCAGCUGGUCGUAUACAAGGGGGAUGCUGAGCCUACCACUGUUCUGGUCCGUCUUACUGGAGACAGAUGGGAAGGCUGCGGAUACUGCAGGGAUGACGAGGCCGACGUAUCCGAGACAUACAACACUGCUACCUUGCUCCCUACCGAGGACGUGAACCAAGACGCACUAUCUCUUGUCGUGUAUCCCGGUAUCACUACUGAGCCCGAGGCUUCUCACGAUGCUCCAAUCUCGAGCGACAGCGAGAAGAUGGGCGAAAAAUUCGAGUUAGAGCUCCAGACGGUGCUCUCGCGUUCUGAGCCGCUGCUUAUUGCCAUCUCAGGUAUAGUCCCCGCCAUGGAGAAGCUGAACAUGUCCCUCAACGAAGUACGAACUGGCCUAAGAGCAGCCACUAAACCGACACGUGACAGAAGCUACACCGGGCCCAAAAGAAAGCCUAAUACUGCCUUUCCCAAAGUUCCUUCAGCCGCGGAUAUGAACGACACACAAGUUCAUCAGUCCAACGCCUCUACUCAGUCGAUUUCUGCAUAUCAUGAUGCAGAUCAUGAUGACUCUUGCAGUGAUUCUGAUUGA